UAAGUUCUAAAAUAUUUGUUUAUCUUUUCCUACGCAUCGUCAAACCGUUAUUUAAUCAGAAAACGCAAAGAAAAGACAUAAAAUCAUAAUUUUUUAAAAAUAAUUUCGUAUUAAAAAAAUAUUUAAAAAUUACUAUUAUUUAUUACAAUGAAUGCCAAAACUUUAAAUCAUUUACGUGUUGUUAUUCAUAUUAAUGAACAAGAUCUUGAGGAUCGAAAUGUUAGUAUGCGAAACACAAAUUCUAAAUGCGGAGGCAAGGCUGGAAUGAAACGUAAUAUAAAUGGACAUGUGGUACCACCUUCGCCACCAAUACGUACUUUGCAAUCUUUAAAUGAUAACCCAGGAUGUGAUAAUACGAAGGCCGAGGUGUUGUUAAUCGAUGACAAAUCUUUGCAAUUAAAUUUAUUAUCGACUGAAGAUGAUGAUGGUCCUUACACGAACAUCUCUCACAAAAUGCAUUUUGAUCAUGUUAGUCACUCAACCGUUGAAAUGAUCAAAUGUGAAUUGGCUAUAGUGAUGGAUGAUCUACUGUUGAAGCACAAAAAUUCUUGUAUAAUGCGUUUUGCAACUAAGCAAGAAAUGGAUAUUACUAUAUUCUUUGAUCUGUUCAUUACGUUUCUUAAUAAGAGAAUUUACCAUCAGAAGUAUAAACUACAAUAUGUCAAGCUAGAAUGUCUGGACAUAGCAGCGAGUCUAGGAAAUUCGAAAAAUCCACCCACAGAAAAGGGAUUUGCAAUGAGAGCUAAUCUAGCUGGUCUAGGAGACAAUAGCGAUGAUGAUUGCAAUAACAAUGAUAAAACGUUUCGGUUAACAAGAAAUGCUAAAAAUGAGUUUCGUUCCACCAGAGAUUUACUGAUGUGGCUAUUAAACGAAUAUAAUUACAAAUUUUCUGAUAAUAAAGGACAUGAAAAAUUGCUGUUUACAUUUUCCAUAGUCGACCAUCAUCAAAAUCUUUUUAAAGUUAAAUUGUCUCUCUUCAAUAUCUAUUUAGAUUUGAUGAACACCAAUGAUCGUAGUCAUUGGCACCACUAUAUGGAUCAUAUGGGGGAAGGUUGCCAAGGUCUAGAUUGUAAUUUUAUACACUCUGGCUUGACCAUAAGCCUGUCGGGUCACAUUGAAGGAAUAUCCAGUCAAAAUACUCUUUUACUGUUUGAUGUACCAACCAAUAUUAAAAUGACCGCCGACACAAUAGAAAUGCUGCAAAUGGCUCAUAGUGUGAUUACAAAUAGGAAAAGAAAACAUUUAUUGUUAAACAACAACGUCAAUCUUAAUCGUCGUAUGUCUUUGUCUUCGAACGAUUGCACAAAAUGUAUUUUUCCACAGCAAGGACAAGACUUAAACAACAAUCUUAACACGAAACAAAAUAAAGAACGUCGCUCAUCUUUACCACUGCUAAUGGAACGCCAAAUCAAAGGAAUAUCUUUGUCCAAGCCUUACAACAUUAAUCACACUAUAAUUAGUAAGCCUUUGUGUGACAAUACAUAUUCUAGCAAGGACUUUAAUACACUAAGUGGUUGGUAUCGCAAAAUAGAUGAACGCUUUAGAAAAAUUUGCCAAUUACGUGAAAAAUAUUUCAAUCGCUAUUUUGAAUUGAAAAUAAAACAAAUUUCUACGAAUAUCCAACAUAUGUUUAAAUCAUUGGAGUCAUUAUACAUUCCACAAACCCAACAAGGCCUAGUCGAAAUACAAGAUGAUCAGAUAGAGUUACAUGAACUAUUCGAUAGUUAUCAUAAUGUUCGUUCCAUAUUUCGACAAUUAUCAGUGGACAUUAAAGAUUCAGAUUUCGAGGAAAUUUUAAAAAUAUACUUAGAAACCAAAGCAUUUGAUUUAAAUAAACAUGCUUUAGCCUUAAAAGAAAAACAUUUAGAUCUUUGCCAACAACAUUUAAAAUUUACUUUUAACAAUUUAUCUAGUGAUAUAAAACUACAACUUGAAUUUUAAAUUUAUUGUAUUUAU